GAGACAAUUUUCUCAUGCCUUAAUGUCAUUAAUGGACGCUAUUCUUGAUAAAGACCCAGAUGCAGUCCCCAACUCAGAGACCGCGCUGAGGGACCAAUUUGUGGAGUGCGUGCGGGACGGUAUGCUGCGACGCCACCUGCGGGAGACGGUGAGGAGCAAACCCAGCAUGUCCCUGAUCGAGAUUCGAGAGGAAGCGAUUAGAUGGUGUGAGGAUCUUGAUAGAGGAAGUAACUUCCCAUUGUCUCAAUGCAAUGUUACGCGAGCUAAUCUAGCAGCUGCCACGCCAGAACGACAGUCUCCAGAGAUUCUGGCCAUUACAGAGCUGAUUAAAAACCAGCAGACUCAAAUUGCCUCCCUAGCACAACAGCUCCAGUCUUUGCAGGCUAUGGUCGAGCAAACGACUAAAUUAACUAAGGAAAGGAAGUGCCUGCGGUGUAAUAAAGCAGGACAUAUUGCACGGUACUGCCGCCAAGCCUUGCCGUCUGCCCCUAGGGCACAUCCAGGCUCCAGCACCCAGUCAGUGGAGGCGGAGCUCCCAGAGGUGGGACCAACAGUUGUCUCUCAUCAGGUUGCCCAGUCCGCCCCUGGUUGGAGAGAAGCACUACAAAUGUGUUAUUUAGUGGAGAGCGCGCAGAGUGAAGAGGGGCUGGGUAAAUUGCGAGUGCAUGCGCAAAGCCCGGUCCAGAUUCCCGCAGGCACCACAGUGAUGGUUCCUGCCACAGGCCCGAAAGUGCUGCGGCUGGAGCGUCCUUCCCUCACUGGUGUCGUCUGGGACUGGGAGUUCACAUAGACGGUGAUGUGGUUUGUGGUGCACGCAGUUUAUAGCAUGGUGUUUUUGUUUGGUAGUAAUUGGAUUUAUGUUUUGUUUGUAGUAUAACCCCAGUCCCGCCGCGGUGAGUGUCUGGGUUCUCGGCCGGAGCUCGACUGUCUAUCACCUUGUCUUUCUUUGCUGUGUU